CAACAUGCAGCCGUCAUCGAACUUUCGGAGACGACGAAAUAUGCGCGCAACGCUUCUGCCAUGGAAUAUCUGAUUCAACAUCACUUCGUAGAGACGAUAUCAGCGAUACUCGGCGCGCGCGUACGCGCAAUUAUUUUUCAACAAACAAGUUCACACGCCUGCAUACUGGAUCAAAUUGUUGAGCUUGCUUGUUUGGAGCGGUGAUCACUGCUGGCAUUCAGUACCGAACCACCGCUUGCAGGGUGCAGACUCGCAGGAAGCAACUUAAGCUAUUUCUCGCAACUGAUCUUAAGAGAAGAAGACGCAAUAUCAUGGCAGCGUGCAAUGGAACAGCAAAGAUCAUCGACGGCAAGAAAAUUUCCGCGGACAUUCAGAAUGGAAUCAAGGAAGAAAUCAAUGGCUGGGUGGCUGCUGGCCACAAACGGCCAGCCUUACGCGCUAUACUCGUCGGAGACGAUCCUGCGAGCUGCACGUAUGUCAACAAAAAGAUGAUUGCCUCCAGAGAGGUGGGGAUUGAUAGUGACACUGUCAGACUGCCCAGUACAAUCAGCCAAGAGGACCUAGUGAAGAAGAUCGAGGAACUGAACAAUGACAAUAACAUUGAUGGUAUUUUAAUCCAGUUGCCUGUUCCUGAUCACAUCAAUGAGAGGGAGAUCUGCAAUGCAGUGCAUGUGGACAAAGAUGUUGAUGGUUUCCAUGUGACCAAUAUUGGCAAACUAGUCGCCAAUCAGGACACAUUCAUUCCUGCUACUUCCUUGGCUGUCAUUGAGUUGAUCAGAAUCAUUGGUAUUGAUACAUUUGGAAAGAGAGCUGUGGUUUGUGGCAGAUCCAAGAAUGUUGGCCUGCCAAUCUUCCAAAUGCUGCAUGCUGACUACCGCAAUGAAUUGCCGGGUCUGGAGGCUACAGCGAUUAUGUGUCACCGAAAUACCAAGCCUGAGGAUCUGGUGAUGUAUUGCCAAUCGGCCGAUAUUAUCAUCACUGCGACCGGAGUGCCCGGUUUGAUCAAACCGCACAUGGUCAAGGAAGGUGCAUGCAUCAUUGAUGUUGGCUUAACUAGGAUUACUACACCCGAAGGAAAGAGCAAGCUGGUUGGGGACGCUGACUACGAAGGUUGCUUGGCACGUGCGGGAUACAUCACUCCAGCUCCCGGCGGUGUUGGUCCUGUGACGGUGGCAAUGUUGAUGAAAAACACAUUCAAGGCCUGCAAGAAUUUCGAUAGACAAAGGUCAAACCAAAAGUAAUCAUUCUCCAUUGCGAAUUUAGAACUGACGUUGAAAUUAAUCAAUCACAGAAAAACAAAAUUCAGGAUUGUCAUUCGCUAAAUUAUUUUAAUUCAGUUGUACUUAAGCUGCCUAACGUUCAGGCGUUAAUGGGCGCGUAUGAAUGAGUUUCAUACAUUAAUAUUAUUUGUUCAUUUAAUGCAAUUAAAGAAAAACAAUUACAGGAUUAUUUACAUUUAGGGGCGAUUGCUUAUGGCUUGUUUGGACCUAGUGGUCAUUAAUGGGCGCGUAUGGAAUAGUUUCAUAGAUUAUAUAAUAUGUUCAUUCAAUGAAAUUGAAUAAAACUAAGUGCAGGAUUAUUUUCUUUAAGGCGCGAUUUGAAGUCAUGCCAUGGCUUGUUAGAAAUUACAAUGAUUAAAAGUUUUCCAUUUA